GCGCUGCCGCCGCCGCCGCCGCCGCCGCUCCGCUGCCCGCGCCGCCCGCGGCUCCCGAUGGAGACUGACGCGCCCCAGCCCGGCCUCGCCUCCCCGGACUCCCCGCACGACCCCUGCAAGAUGUUCAUCGGGGGACUCAGUUGGCAGACCACGCAGGAAGGGCUGCGCGAGUACUUCGGCCAGUUCGGGGAAGUGAAGGAGUGUCUGGUGAUGCGGGACCCUCUAACCAAGAGAUCCAGGGGUUUCGGCUUCGUCACUUUCAUGGACCAGGCGGGGGUGGAUAAAGUGCUGGCGCAGUCGCGGCACGAGCUCGACUCCAAAACAAUUGAUCCCAAGGUGGCCUUUCCUCGGCGAGCACAGCCUAAGAUGGUGACUCGAACGAAGAAGAUCUUUGUGGGGGGGCUGUCAGUGAACACCACGGUGGAGGACGUGAAGCAAUAUUUUGAGCAGUUUGGGAAGGUGGAUGAUGCCAUGUUGAUGUUCGACAAAACCACCAACCGGCACCGAGGGUUCGGGUUUGUCACGUUUGAGAGCGAGGACAUCGUGGAGAAAGUGUGUGAAAUCCACUUCCAUGAAAUCAACAACAAAAUGGUGGAAUGUAAGAAAGCUCAGCCAAAAGAGGUGAUGUCGCCGACAGGCUCAGCCCGGGGGAGGUCUCGAGUCAUGCCCUAUGGGAUGGACGCCUUCAUGCUGGGCAUCGGCAUGCUGGGUUACCCCGGUUUCCAGGCCACAACCUAUGCCAGCCGGAGUUAUACAGGCCUCGCCCCUGGCUACACCUACCAGUUCCCCGAAUUCCGUGUAGAGCGGACCCCUCUCCCGAGCGCCCCAGUCCUCCCCGAGCUUACAGCCAUUCCUCUCACUGCUUAUGGACCAAUGGCAGCAGCAGCGGCAGCAGCAGCUGUGGUUCGAGGGACAGGCUCUCACCCCUGGACGAUGGCUCCCCCUCCAGGUUCAACUCCCAGCCGCACAGGGGGCUUCCUGGGGACCACAAGCCCUGGCCCCAUGGCUGAGCUCUAUGGGGCAGCUAACCAGGACUCGGGGGUUAGCAGUUACAUCAGCGCUGCCAGCCCCGCCCCCAGCACCGGCUUUGGCCACAGUCUUGGGGGCCCUUUGAUUGCCACAGCUUUCACCAAUGGGUACCACUGAAGCAGGAGACAGGUAGCAGGAGCGCCCCGGCCUGCAGCUGACUGAGGACCACAGUGAGCCAGCGAGGGGGCGGGGACACCUCAGCCGCAGCCGCCGCCCCCUCCCCCGCAGCGACUCGGACCGCUACUGCCUGCCCCCAACUCCCAGGGCUCGGCCCCUGCCCUGCAGCCCCCGGACCGCCCGCGUCUGGCUCCCCUACUAACCUCCCCCUCUUACGUCCUUGGCUCCAAACCCCACCACCACCCCUCUCCUGCCCGCUUUUAUUUAUUUUGGAUUAGCCGGUUGCCCUCCACCCUCCUGGUUCUGCCCUCUCAGGUCUGUGCCCCUCUCUCCCCGCCGCGCCCCCUUAGGACCCCCCCACCCCGAAGGCUUUUGUAUUUGUUCAUAGCUAGAGUGAGGGCGGAGGGGGUCUGCUACAGGCCGAAAGCCCUAUGCUUGUUUUUUAUUCUGAUUUCCCCCUCCUUUUCUCUUAACUUUUUUUUCUUUUCUUUCUUUCUUUCUUUCUUUUUUUUUUUUUUUUUUUAAAGAAACCGUUUUUUAAACUAUUUCUAGGUUUGUGAAUGUGAAGCCCCAGGCCGCAGGGGGCAAGGGGCCAGGUGCCCCCCACCAGCUGAGAACAAAAUGUCUAUGUGGGUGUGGGCCCCUGGCCACCUCCCUCCAGCCCUGGAAAGGAGGACAGGGUUGCGUAGGCCAGGCCAAGCCCCUGGAACCAUCCCGUCCUGUAUCAUAUGUAAAUACUGUGAGGUGAAGCCCCUACCCCUCUCUACUACUCCUUGGAGGUGAGGGCAUUGCCUCGCCCCACCUGGCAAAGGUCUCCCCCUGUGUUUCUGUCUCCUCCUCAGACACCGUUACUGUAAGCUUGCAGGUCUCAACUGUGGCCAAGGCAAGCCCGCUCGUUCAGGCCCUAGGGGUCAAGGCCUUGGGCCUGCUCAUCCC